UCACAAGCGAGUGACUAGUGAGCAACUAAGAAGGUAAAUUCAAACUCAUAGUCACAACUAAACUAACUGGCGUUUACAAAGCUCCCUAAAUUCCCUUCAUUCUGUUUCUGUGUCAUAUCUCCUUACUCUCUCCGUAUUACAUAAAGAAAUCAUCCAAAUUAUCUCCAACAGAUAUUCUUCAUCAACCCUUGAUCAAUUUUAUGGAGAAAAUGCUUGUAAAAUCACCUAAUCUGAGCUUGUUAUCGUCGUCUUUUCUGCCGUCAAUGUGUUCGAAGAAAUGUUUGAAUAAAGGAAAUCAGAAAAGAGUAAAAUUGUCAAAUGGGUUUCGCGUAAAAGCAAAGAAAACCGGGGAAUCCUCGUUAAAGGGUCUUCAAAAACAGCAGAAUAAGGAGUUAUCCAGGAUAAUGUGGACUGAGGCAGCAAUUAAAGCUAUAGAGAGAAAAUCAGGAUCUAGAAAGUAUAAAAAUUUGUGGCCAAAAGCUGUUUUGGAAGCUUUAGAUGAAGCUAUUAAGCAGUACAAAUGGGAGUCUGCUCUCAAGAUUUUUGGACUCCUGCGCAAACAGCAUUGGUACAAACCAAGAUGCCAAACAUACACAAAGCUUCUGAUGAUGCUGGGGAAAUGUAGGAAAGUGGAGCAGGCUAGCUUGCUUUUUGAGGUGAUGCUGUCCGAUGGGCUUCAACCUACUGUUGACGUUUUCACUGCGUUGGUAAAUGCUUAUGGGACAUGCGGUCUCUUUAGUGAAGCAUUUUCAACCAUCAAUGACAUGAAAUCUGUGUAUGACUGUAGACCUGAUGCUUAUACAUACUCGAUACUUCUUACCUCCUGCAUUAAGCACCGCCAAUUUGAUCUUGUAAUUCAGAUUCUUGCUGAGAUGUCAUUUCUGGGAAUCAAAUGCAGUACAAUUACAUACAACACUUUAAUAGAUGGAUACGGCAAGGCUAAAUUGUUCGAAAUGAUGGAAAAUUUAUUAUCUGACAUGAUUGAUAGUGACACAUGCCAUCCAGAUGUUUUCACAAUGAACUCAUUCGUUUCGGCAUAUGGGAAUUGUGGGAAAAUUGAGAAGAUGGAGAGGUCAUAUGAAGAGUUUCAGUUGAUGGGGAUAAGCCCAGAUGUGAGGACCUUUAACAUCUUAAUCAAGUCGUAUGGGAAAGCAGGUAUGUAUCAGAAAAUGGAAUCUGUUCUGAAUUUCAUGAAGACACGGUUCUUCUCUCCAACUGUUGUGACAUUUAAUACUGUAAUUGAUACAUAUGGUCGAGCUGGUAUUAUUGAGAAGAUGGAUGAAUUUUUCCUGAAAAUGAAGCAUCAGGGUAUGAAGCCUAACACCAUUACAUAUUGCUCACUUGUAAAUGCUUAUAGUAAAGCUGGGAAGUUAUCCAAAGUGGACUCAAUUCUCAGGCAAGUUGAGAACUCAGAUGUGAUUUUGGACACUCCAUUCUUUAAUUGUGUCAUUAGUGCUUAUGGGCGCGCAGGAAAUGUUGAUAAAAUGAAUGAGCUAUUCUCGGAUAUGAAGGAAAAGAACUGUGAGCCAGAUUAUAUAACCUUUGCUACCAUGAUACAAACAUACAAUGCCAAGGGGAUGACUGAAGAUGCAAAAAAUACAGAGGCAAAGAUGAUGUCCUUGCAAAAUUUUUCAGGACCUAAGCUGCUUGGGUGCUAGUUGAUUUUGCUCUGUGGACUACCUUCACGUUUGGCUAUCGAUGCAAAUUGAAAGCUUUGGUGGGCUUUAAGAAGGCUGGCUUGUACUGUUACGGUAAUGGUAUAACUUCCCCACGCUGUUCAUUUAUUAGUUUAGAUUAGCUUACAGUGUUAUUAUAUGCACUCUUUGUUGGUCACUUGACAAAUUUAACCCUUGAAUCAAAAGUCUCUUAUUACUCCCAAGGAUCCCUUACUUGUCAUGACCAGAGGCAUUAGAAUGGCUUCUGUGUUUUAUUCGUACUGAUCGUGGUUACAGCUUUACUUCACUUAAUAUAAACCAAAUUGGCAUCUUAUUUUUCAUCUUUAGUUCAGUAAAAUAAACUUUCAUGUGAUGCCAAUGAUUCAUGUUUCACGUGUUAGAUCAAGUGGAGCGGUUUAUUUAACCACUAGCUUGACG